AUGGCGCAUGUUAUAAGUAAGACGGCGAUCAAUACCAUUGCUACGACAGCUUCCCCCGUCGUCGUCGUGGACCGUCGCCGCUCCCUCGUCCCUCAGGCCUGGGAGAAGUCUGUCCGUAAGAUCGGUCUGGCCGAGUGCGAGCAGGCGGGAGUCUCUCUCGCCCACGCAUUUGCCGCCGAUGCUCUGAGCAUGUAUCUUCUCGACGGCGACGGCGAGGACCGCUACUCGGACGAGACCAAGUGGAAGCUUCACGUCCGCAUCAUGACCUAUCUGGUCUCGGCUCAUUGCUAUAGCGGUGUCGUCACGACCAUUGGUCCUGACUACGACGCCGUGGCCUUGUGGAUGCCUCCCGGGAUGCACAUGGACGACUGGUGGACCAUCUUCCGAAGCGGAAUGUGGCGCCUCUACUACCAACUUGGUUCCGAGGGCCGCAAGCGCUACUACGAAGAUGUCCUGCCUCUUCUGCAUGAGACCAUGGACGAGGUCAUGGGAGAUCGCGAGUAUUAUUACCUUGCUUAUAUCGGCACCAAGCCGAGCGCCCGAGGCAAAGGCUAUGCCAAGAAGCUCAUCAUGGACAUGGCUGCCAAGGCCGAUGCUGAAACUUGCGCCAUGUACCUCGAGUCGAGCUCCCGCGAAAACAUCAGCUACUACGAGCGCUUCGGCUUCGAGUACCGCAAGGAAAUCUCUUUCAAGAGAGGCCCGGUGCCCGUGCCGCUCUUCAUAAUGGUGCGAGAGCCGGCGGCAAAGCCUGCGGUCAAGGGAGCAGAGGAAGUUGUUCCGACUCUGAGCCAGAUCGAGACUGUUAAAGUGUAA